GACACAUCCCUUCCAGCCUGGCUACGAGAAUGGGUGGGUGCAGUGGACGACUGGAUGAUUCGUUUGGUAGCAAUGCUUCGGCGACGGCCGCUAAUUCGUCUACUGUCGAUUCUCUACCUUGGUGUCUUCCACAUCUGGCUCCUCUGUACUCUUGUCCUAUUCACUCCGCCCCUUUCAUCCUCCAAUGUACCACAGCCGCCACCACCACGUUUUCUGUGAUUCAUGCAAUCGUUCCACCUCUUACACGUCUUUUAUUACUGAUGUAUGAUUGUCCCGCUUAUACGUCACUUCUUUUUGGCUACCUUAUGGGCAUAGUAUUAGUAGCGAGCCCUAAAUGGAAUGAAUAA